AUGGAGAUGGUGGAGAAGAAGAAGGUUGUCCCAUUUGUGGUAACCUUGAUCACUUCAACUCACAAUGCCAAUAUAGUUUGCAAGGGUUUUGGAAAUUUGGGACUUACAUGCUGUUCUGAGAAAGGACGUGCUGUUCGGAUGUCUGAAACCAAGCUCGAUUUUGGGAAAUUGGACCCACAAGGCAUUGAGUAUCACCGAUGGGUGACAGAUGUGGAAAAUGCAUUGACUGCUAAGGCUAUCAUCACCACUAUCCAACCACUCAAUGAAGACCUUAUUAAUCAACCAACAUCAACCAUGAAGGCACAAGCUGUCAUCAUCAUGAGGCGCCAUUUGGACCCUGCCCUACAAUGGCAGUAUAUGAAUGUCAAGGACCCUAGAGCUUUAUGGCUUGCACUUGAAGAUCGCUUUGGUAACGUUGUAGACACCCUCCCCCCGGAUCUGAAGGAGAAAUGGAACAACAUUAGGUUCCAAGACUUCAAAACUGUUGCAGAUUUCAACUUUGAAAUGCUCAAACUUCGAUCCAUGCUUCAAUACUGUGAACAAAAUGUGACUGAAGCUGACAUGCUCGAGAAAACUCUCUCCACCUUCCCAGUUCCUGCAAGGAUUCUUGCACAUUAG